GACCUAUAGACGGGAGUGUGAUUCCUAGCUUUCUAGGACACAUCGCUACCCGUAUUUGGGAGGACCAAGAGCGGGCUUUGGAUAGCGGCAUUUUGAAAUGCCAAACCCGGGAGAGGACUUGUAACUUCUUGUGUAGUUGGGCUGAGGCUUGGCCGGAGGAGAGCGAGAUGGUCGGCCGAUUGAGGGCCACUAGAGUGAGCCACCUUCCUGCCACCAUGCAUGAGAGGAUUGACUCGACGCUGAUCACGGCUUUCGUUGAGCGAUGGCAGCCGGACACGAACUCUUUCCACCUUCCGUUCGGUGAGAUGACGAUCAUGUUGCAUGACGUCGAGGCCAUCCUUGGGAUUCCCGUAGAGGGAAACCGAGCAUCUGUUGUCACAGAUGCGGAUCAGGCAGAUUUAUUGGCGGAGCUGUUGGCGGUGGAUAGGGCUGCGCUGUACACAGCGGCACUUGGUGUGUGGGAUCACGGCGGUGUUAAGAUCGCAGCAGUUUUGCAGCGAUGUUUGCACCCCACUUCACGUAGGACGCAGGACACACAGCUGGCUGCAUAUGUUUUUCUUCUUCUCGGGUGUACCUUGUUUCCGGAUAAGAGCGGAAACAAGCUCAGGCCACGCGACAUAGUUGACGCGUGUGAGCCCGACAGAGUAGGCCAGUUUUCUUGGGGGUCGGCUACAUUAGCGUACAUGUAUCGCCAGUUAGGAUUCUCGAGCCGGGCUGAUGCGGCAGGUAUCACUGGAUGUAUGACGUUGUUACAGACGUGGAUAUACGAGUAUUUCCCGGCGUUUCGACCACACCGCGACCCGGUUCCUAUUGGGGAUGGCCAGCCACGUGCCUGUGCGUGGAGUCCGCGUGUCGAGAAGAAGUCCAUUGACCGCCUGCGAUCGAUACGGUUAUUGCUUGACAGGAUGUCCCCAUUAGAGGUGAACUGGAUGCCUUUCGGCCAGAACCCUAGUAAUAGGGUACCCAGGACCCUCUACACGGGACUGAUUCAGUAUCGUGAGAUCGUAGAGGCGUACAUGCCGCAGCGCUGUCUUCGCCAGCUUGGAUAUGUCCAAGUUGUUCCUCCUCCACCAGCAUGGCCCAGUAAGGCCGUCCGAUCUGCGUCGUUGAAGGAGUACGUCGUCCAAUGGCCGGCAAGCAUGAUUGGCACGUGGGAGCAGUUUCCGAUGGUUGCCCGCAUAUGGAUUGAGCAGUUGCAGCGGCCGCCAACUGGGGUGGCUGCCAUGUGUGACCAGCACUACAUGGAGUGGUACAACCGGCACUCGCACCCGAGGUUGAUCAGAGACGUCCACCACGGCGACGACGCCGAUGAUGAUGAUGUGCCACCGCCCACUGCCGUGGAUGCGUGGAUGGGAAAGAUGACGCAGUUGGGACACAGACUUUUUGAGGAGAGGGACAACAUGACGACUGCAACAGGCAGAGCUGUUAUUGAUGAACUGGAACGGGCCCUUGAGCAGUGGCAGUGGGCGUCACAGAGAGAUUAUUGAUAUGUCGGCAGUGCAUUUAUAAAACAUUUUCCUAGUUGUUUGUAAAAGUUAACAUUAUCUGUUCUUAUAAUUAUUAUUUUAAGUUCUUAGAAUUUGACAUUA